AGCUGAUCCGUGUUGUUGCUGUUGCUAGUUGAUCAUUCAGUUGGCGUACGCGUGCGCUCGCCUCCGAUCCGCCGAUCUGAUCCGAUCCUCCCGAUUCAGAUUCAGAUAUAAAUUCCGAUCGUACCGGAAUUGUCAAUAAAAAGGCAGCGGCAGCAUCAUCGAUUCCAAUUUCUAAGCUGGCCUGGGAGUGUAUGUGUGAGCCAGAAGCAGCCCGUUUUUAAGUGUGUGCGUCCGCUUAAUUCGCGUAGUCGCCUUGGUGUGUGUGUGUAUUUGUGUCUAGCCUGGCGCUAUUGUUGUUGUUUUGUUGGAAGAAAAAGACAGUUUAUGCCCUAGCAAUAACAAAAACAACGAGAGAGAGAGACAUUGUCGCCGCGCAGUCGCCUCCACUGCCGACGUCGCUGCCGCAGCGGAUCGUCGUCGAUCCGCUCGCUGCUAGUUGUUGCUGUUUAGUGUUCGUUGUGGUGUCGCUUGUUGUUGUUUUGAUCCGUUCCGAUUCCGACUGCUAUAUAAUCCGCAUACUACUUAUUAUAUAUAGUAUUAUAGUGCAAAAAGUCGAACAAAUGCCCAGCCUGCGUUUGCCUGUGUGCCUGUAAUUGUUGUUUGUUGUAGUUGUAAUUGCACCCGCGUACACAUAUACGGAUACGGAAAAGAGCGCAUUCCAAUCCCUACACACACACACAGGCACCAUGGAAAUUUGGCGCUCGCUGACAGUGGGCACCAUCGUGCUUUUGGGCCUCGUUUGCUUCUACGGCACUGUGGAGUCCUGCAACGAGGUCGUCUGCGCCUCAAUUGUCUCCAAGUGCAUGCUCACCCAGAGCUGCAAGUGCGAGCUGAAGAACUGCUCCUGCUGCAAGGAGUGCCUCAAAUGUCUGGGCAAGAACUACGAGGAGUGCUGCAGCUGUGUGGAACUCUGCCCGAAACCCAAUGACACGCGCAACUCGCUGUCCAAGAAGUCCCACGUGGAGGACUUCGAUGGUGUGCCGGAGCUAUUCAACGCAGUGGCCACUCCGGAUGAGGGCGACAGCUUCGGCUACAAUUGGAACGUGUUUACGUUUCAAGUGGAUUUCGACAAGUACUUGAAGGGUCCCAAGCUGGAAAAGGACGGUCAUUACUUCUUGAGAACCAACGAUAAAAACCUGGACGAGGCGAUUCAGGAGCGAGAUAAUAUAGUGACCGUGAACUGCACGGUUAUAUAUCUGGAUCAGUGCGUGUCGUGGAACAAGUGCCGCACCAGCUGCCAAACAACAGGCGCCAGCAGUACGAGAUGGUUCCACGACGGCUGCUGCGAGUGCGUGGGCUCCACGUGCAUCAACUACGGCGUUAACGAGAGCCGCUGUCGAAAGUGUCCGGAGUCGAAGGGCGAGAUCGGCGACGAGCUGGAUGACGCCAUGGAGGAGGAGAUGCAGGACUUUGGUGAGAGCAUGGGUCCCUUCGACGGACCCGUAAACAACAACUAUUGAGCGCGGUGCGAUCAAUUGCCAUUCAACGAACAGAACAGAGCAACAUCUAACAAAUUUAGCUACUCAAUUCAGUGACAUUAUUAUUAUGUAGUACGAAGUAAUAUUUGUAUAGCACUAUUAUUAUUAUUUUUUAUUUACAAAAAUCGAAUAGGCACUUUGAAUUGUUUUACUUAUUGAACCGGCCAAGAUAUAUAUAUAUAAAUAUAUAUAUAAAUAAAUAUUUUUUUUUAACUUUAA